UGUAGGAAGUGACCGAACAGUUCGUAAGAGUCUGUGUGUGAGAAGGGAAACGGAACAUCAGCCGCAGAUAUUUUGAAAUAUAAUUAAGAUGGACGAACAACUACGAAUAACAGAAGCUUUAGCACAUGAUAUUGUGACAUGGAAACUAGACGAAGAGAUCAUUACAACGCAAAUGUCAACUUCGGUAAAGACGCUGAGAAGAAUAGCAUCUGACUUGGAUGUCUCUCACGGAGACAUAUUUAGCAGCAUGCUACAAGUAAUAUCAGAACAAGGGAAAGAUAUUCCCAAAUCGUUUAUCACAAUUUCGGAGAACAUGUUCUCAGAUAAUGUUGUCAACUGGGGUCGUAUAGCCGUGCUGUUCACGUUCGCUGGACAUCUUGCUAAAUUUAGUAAAAGAAAUGAGUUAUUAGAGAGACCAGAUGUUGUCUCAACGUGGCUAGUAGAAUUCGUGAAUGCCCACUUACUAGAGUGGAUCGUGAAAGUUGGUGGAUGGGAAUCAUUCAACGAGCAUUUCAAAGAUAAAAAAGAGAAACUUUGGAUUAAAGAUGGUAUUUACUAUGGACUUGCCGCUGGAGCAGCUGUAGUAGGAGCGGCUAUGAUAUUUGCUAGAUAACUCCUGCACAUACCAAAUCCUUCGUGUAUCCUGCUUUUCGCCAAGAGAAAAAGGAUAUAAAACCACUGAAGACGAAUACAAAUCUCAAUGUUAUUCUACCCGCGCGCUUAAUACUCGAUUAUAAUUUAGCUCAUAUUGGUUAGAAAAUCCUUUCAGCUGCUUUUUAGUCCUUUCUGUCGUUGGAGAGUUAACGCUUUUCAUUCUUGAUCUUUGCUUUAUCACAGCGAAUUUGAUUUGGAUUCUUUGGUACAAAUUAUAGAUAUUUAUGAUUAGAGUUUUCAUGUUUUUCCAUUAAUAAAGAAACUGUUAUAGUUUAUUAUUGUACAUACAUAUAAAAUAUCUUCGAAAGAGCGCCAUUCACUGACGUUUUGUGAGCUUUUAACAUUUGAUAUAAACAAGUCUGUUGGUAAUAUUCAACUUCUUGUUUUAUUGAGAAUGCUUGGGAAAAUGGUGGUUGCUUCAAUUGAAUUUUAUCAUCCUAUUGGGUGUUUGACUAUAGAAAACCACGUUAUUUUAGAAUGUGUGAAAAAAUUUUAACGUCCAAACGAACUCAUCGAGUGUUGGUAAUAUAUUAUAGUGUUAAUGUAGAAAAUGUAUUUCAAAGAUUUAAAUUAUUGUAUAUCAUAUGUUACACAAUUCUGACAGAGUGAAUAAAAAUCAUUUUUAGUCUUUUGAUCAUUAAA